CUCCCUCAUCAUCCCCCGCUCUUCAUCUGAUGAUCUUCCUCGAAAAUGGAGCUCGAACUUGCCCUUGGUCUUCCCAGUCAUGUCGGUUUCGAAAGAGGCAAUUCCAGGAAGCGCGACUCUUCGUGUGGUGGAGAGAGCCUUCUUGAUCUUAAUUGUACGUGCGAAUUUGAAAGCUCGAGUCACGGGUUCUCUUAUAGCCAAAGAAACGCCACCCGUGAAGCGAUGGAUGAUGAAGCCUGCUCGGAAGCUAGGACAUUGCCGCUUGUCUGUGAAGAUGGUUCCACAAGAAGCCAGAUCGUAGGCUGGCCGCCCGUAAAAUCAUGCAUGAAUUCGCCGCCGGAGGAGGCGGUCUGCAGCUCAUGGGUUGAGCCGAGGGAGGAGGAGAGUUCGACGUAUGUGAAGGUGAACAUGGAAGGCGUCGCCAUUGGCAGGAAAGUGGACCUGAACAUUCACCAGGGCUAUCACACCCUUCUCAACACAUUGGCCGACAUGUUCGGCGAAGAGCAAAGAUGCAGGAAGCAGCAGAUGAACGGCGUCGGCUGGAAGUCUACCUACACGCUCACCUACAAAGACGGGGAGGGCGACUGGUUGCUCGUAGGGGACGUUCCAUGGGACAUCUUCGUCCGGUCCGCCAAGCGACUCAAGAUCCGCAGAAACGGCUUCUAGAAGGAAGAUUCAGAGCAUCUACCUUCUGAUGAUAUAACUAGUCAAUUCACUGCUGAAGCAAGUUGUUGCAUGGUAGUGCAUGUGUACGCUGUAUGUAUGUAAAUUAUCGAUGCAUGACUUGAUCAUGGUCAUGCGUUUUUAUUUGCUUUCCUUGUAGACCUGUAACUUAGAUCGUAGAACGCGUGUCUGAGAGUAAAUGACAGCCAAGCGUUCGAGCCAUUUCUAUCAACGAUGAUAACCCCUUUGCGGCUAAGAGUCGAGAAUUGCAUUGAAAUUGAAUGGGCAUACGAUAUUAGCCAUAAUCCUUCGCUCUUUGAGGGAUUAGCCGACUUGGUGGGUGGGUCAUCCUGAGGCCGGAGGAGCUGCAAAUUCACGUGGCUUACCUUGUGGAAGGGUUCCCUACUCUAUGCUUAGGCUCGUGAGUUGAAAUCUGAUUCACAAUGCAAAGAUGCUCACGGGUGUAGCGCAAGGGCCGAAUAAAAUUGAGAUAAGGGAACAGAUGUCAAUGCACAAAGGGCUGUGCGCGAUACACGCUAGUGCAAGUAAUCACAUCUCUCGUGAAAUUCAUCCAACUCGAUGGGACGUAACGUGAACGGCUCAUCCUGUGGCUGGUUACUGAAAAAGGUGAUCCAUAAGGACUGUUGAAAGAAAGUGAGUGGCUCAGCAAGUUUGUAAGGUGCAUGUGAUGCACAGUAUUUUAAAGUCGAACAA